AUGGGCCAAGUCAAGGAGGUAGAAAUGGAGGAAAAAGGAAAAAUGCACAAUGUACAAGAACCCUCCAUGCUGCAGACCCUAUAUGGGUCCAUCAUCGCCUCGACCAUCAGCAGAGUUCUUCUGUACCCACUUGACACGGUGAAGAUAAAUAAACAAGUGGACACAAGCAACAGGCAAGUGGGGGGUGCUGCCACGCCACUCAGCCACGCAUGUAUCUCCAAUCCUCUGAAGAUAGGUCGCACUUGCUUUUUCCUCCCUGCGUUUAUCAAAAAAUUUGGCUACAGGGGGCUCUACAGUGGUUUUGUCUUCUCUGCCAUGACGACCAUCCCCGCGACGAGCCUCUACUUCUGUUGUUUCGAAUACCUCAAGAGGAUCAAAAUAAAUUGGAACAACAAUUUCGGGGACGAGAAAACGGGAUCUCCACAGAAGACCAAUUCGUUGAGUUUUGUGAAUUACUUCACCAUAGCUUUCCUGGCCGAGGCCAUCUCCUGCGUCCUGUUCGUCCCCAUUGAUGUAAUUAAGGAGAGGCUGCAGGCGCAACGAUACUUGAAAUUGAAGGAGUACAAGACUUCCUACCACCUGGUGAAGGAUUUAAUUCGCAAGGAGGGCUUCUUUAGGUUGUACAGAGGCUACAUCUCCACCUGCUUAACCUACGGCAUGUUUGGAGGCUCAUUCUUUUUUCUCCAAAAUAUGGGAAUGGACCUCAUGAAAAGACUAGAGAUCGAACCGUCCAAUUUAAACAACCUCAAAUUAAACCUCCUUUGUUCCAUGUUGUCUGGUAUAAUAACUUCCCCCCUUGAAGUAGUCAGGAUACGAUAUCAACUGCAGGAAAAGAAUAGAACCCCCUUUUUUUACAACAACUCCCUUGACGGAAUUAAAAAGUUGUGGAGCGAGGGCAGCGGGAAGAUUAUUAACCUCUUCAAAGGAAACCUCUACCGAUGCUCCCUUGUGUGCCUCAGCAUGACCAUGAACGUAACGAUUAUAGAUAUAUACAAGCAAUUCGCGUGA